AUGUUUCAGAGCAGUCCUGAACAAGCUUCGCCAUUCUUAACGGCAGCCCUCGUUCACGCCCCUGAGGAUGCAGAAUACGUCAACAGUGUAGCAGAACUCCUAGAGAAGAAUUUUCCUAAGGAUGUGCACUCAGGCCUGUUGGAGGUAGUGUCCCCUUCUCAGUACUUCUACCCCAACUUCAGCAGACUCCGGGAAACCUUCGGAGACUCCAAGGAGAGAGUCAAAUGGCGCACAAAGCAGAACUUGGAUUAUAGCUUCCUGAUGCUCUACGCCCAGGAGAAGGGAACCUAUUAUGUACAGUUGGAGGAUGACAUCGUGGCUAAUCCUGGUUACUCUCAGACCAUGAAAACAUACGUCAGAAAGCUGGCCACCGAUGACUGGAUGUUCCUGGAGUUCUCUCAGCUCGGCUUCAUCGGCAAGAUGUUCCGAGCCAGUGAUCUACCAAUGAUAGCAGAAUUCUUUCUGAUGUUCUACAAAGACAAGCCCAUUGAUUGGCUGUUGGACCACAUCCUGUGGGUGAAGGCUUGUAACCCAGAAAAAGAUGCUAAAGACUGCAACCUGCAGAAGGGCCUGCUCAAGCUGAGAUAUAAACCCUCUCUGUUUCAACAUGUAGGCCUUCACUCCUCUCUGCCUGGGAAACUACAGAAACUGAAAGAUAAGGACUUUGGGAAGGUGCCACUAUUCACAGCCCACACCAACCCUCCUGCAGAGCUGAGCAGUAGUCUGAAGCACUACCAGCAGCACACCCUGGAGAGGGCUUACAAUGGCCAGGACUUCUUCUGGAGCCUGACCCCUACCGCCAAGGACUUCAUACUGCUCAGCUUCCCACAGCCACGCACUGUCACCAGGUACCUGUUUCGCAGUGGAAACAUUGAGAACAACAGAGACCAUUUUUACAACACCACCGUGGAGGUGCUCCCUAGUGAUAGCUCAGUGAGAGACAGACUGGUGGGUGGCCAGUCUCCUCAAUACAAAGGAUCUUAUGGAGGCUUCAUAGUGAUUGGUUGCUUUGUGGAUGGAGUGGCUGAGGGACAGAUAGACGCACAGAUGCAGCCCAUCUCUGCAUUACGUCUACUGGUACAAAGUGACUCUGACAUGUGGGUUCUGCUCAGCGAGAUAUUUAUUCAACUUUAAGGGGAAGAGAUAGGAGACACCUUGGAGGGCAUGCGCUGCUCGCAUGUAACUCCACACCUGGAACAACAGUGACCUCGAUUGGACAUACAGUCAAUGCAGUUCCUCCAAGCGCCUUACCUUCUACUGUAUGGAAGCACAUACACACACACUCUGGAUGUUCUCUUUACGCACAACGGAGAAUUGUUCAACCUUUGACUAUACUGUGAAUCUGGAGGAGAAAGUGUGUUUUUCUGUUCCUAAAUGAGUUUGUCAAUCAACUUGAGCACUUCUACAUUUGUGGAAGACUGUGUACUGGGCACCAGCUUUCAGCUGUGGCUUUAGUCUCAGUUCUCUAGAGGGAAAACAUGAUUAACAUGUACACGGCUAUGAUCGUGUAAGAAAGAUAGGUUCAGUGAGAGGUGAAUGGAUUGAUAUCCUCGGUGAGUAAUGGAUGCAAUGUACUGUGUUGUGUGUGAGAAAAAUUAUGGACUGGUGCAAUUAUUUGUAUUAGUGUAUUAUUGACACUGUUUGUGUCAAUAAUAAUAAUAGUAAUAGUGUGUGUGAGUUCAUGUCUCUGGCCAAAAUGCUGUAGAUCAUGUUCAUUCCUCAAGUAGCUUUUUUGCCAAAGGUGGAUUUCUAUGUAAAUCUUCUGUUGUGUUUCUGGUACUGAACUGCUAGUUUCAAUGGACAUCACUGGAGAGCAGCCACUCUAAAUGUAUAUACAGUACAUGUGUUACUAUGUGCUGUUAAUAAAGAACAAACAUGAAAGCGUU